AUGUGUAGCAGAUGGUCGAAGACUGGCACUUCUGGUAACACACCAGGACAACCAACACCAGCAGCACCGACACCACAACCACCCCCACCAGGAGUUCCACCGCCGCAAGCGCCAAAGCCUCCUGCAGCGGGAGGGGUAGCAGGAACGUACGAUCCGAACUACCAGACGCUGGCUAACAUCCAAGGAGAUGUGUUCGGAGCUGACAAGAAAGCCGCUGCUGCUCCAGCUGCUGGUGCCCCUGGUGGAGGUGGUGGAGGCGGUGGAGCGCCUGAGAUCAAACCUGGAGCGGGCGGGAUGGCAGGUACCUACGACCCGAACUAUCAGACGUUAGCCGGUAUCGGUGGCGACGUAUUUGGAGCUGAUAAGAAAGCUGCAGCAGCCCCUGCAGGUGGAGGUGCAGCACCGCCGCCGCAAAUCAAACCUGGAGCCGGAGGAAUGGCAGGCAAGUGUGAAGGCGACGAUGUUAGCGACAAAAAAUCAUCGAAAAAGAAAAAGAAAAGUCGAAAGUCCAAAAAAGGAAAGAAGAAAAAAGCUGAUGAAGGUGGCGACAAAGAAGAAGGAGGAGGUGAAGAAAAGCCAGCAGAAUCUCCAGCACCUCCGGUUCCCAAACCACCAGCAGUUGGAGGGGUCGCAGGAACACAUGACCCUAACUAUCAAACAUUGGCCGGAGUCGGUGGUGACGUCUUUGGAGCUGAUAAGAAAGCUGCUGAAGGAGGUGCACCAGCACCAGCAGCUCCCAAAGCUCCAGCUGUUGGUGGUAUCGCUGCGACUCAUGAUCCCAACUACCAAACACUGGCCGGUAUUGGAGGAGAUGUAUUCGGAGCAGACAAGAAAGCAGCAGGUGGAGGAGGAGGUGGUGGUGGUGGUCCAGCUCCGCCAAAGCCUGGAGCAGGAGGAAUGGCAGAAACUCACAAAAGUCCGCAUCUCAACAACAAUAUUGAAGCAACUCACGAUCCUAACUACCAAACUCUGGCUGGAAUCGGAGGAGAUGUAUUUGGUGCCGAUAAGAAAGCAGCUGGUGGUGGGGGUGGUGGUGGAGGUGGACCUGCACCACCCAAACCUGGAGCUGGUGGAAUGGCUGAAAAAGGCGAUUCUCAUCAAUUAAAUGGUAUGAAUUUUAAUGAUAAUGUCGUAGCAACGCAUGAUCCCAACUACCAAACCCUCGCUGGAAUCGGAGGAGACGUAUUUGGUGCCGAUAAGAAAGCAGCCGGUGGUGGUGGUGGUGGUGGUGGUGGCGGGGGUGGACCCGCACCACCCAAACCUGGCGGGCCUGGAAUGGCAGGAACCUUCGAUCCAAACUACCAAACACUUGCUGGAGUCGGUGGAGAUGUCUUUGGAGCCGACAAAAAGGCCGGCGGCGGUGGUGGUGGGGGCGGAGGUGGUGGAGACAAACCGAGAGCUCCUGCCAAUCAAGCGGCAAAAGCGGCAACCUUCGACCCGAACUACCAAACCCUUGCUGGGAUUGGUGGCGAUGUGUUCGGAGCUGACAAGAAAGGCGCUGGUGGUGGUGGCGGUGGAGGUGCAGGCAAACCUAAAGCUCCUGCAAAUCAGCAAGCUAAAGCCGCAACAUUCGAUCCCAACUACCAGACACUGGCAGGAAUCGGUGGCGAUGUGUUCGGGGCCGACAAAAAGGGAGCUGGAGGAGGAGGUAAGCCUGCUCCACCGAAAGCACCAGCUAACCAGGGUGCUAAAGCAGCCACAUUCGAUCCAAACUACCAAACUUUGGCCGGCAUUGGAGGCAAUGAAAUAUUUGGUGCUGACAAAAAGAAGAGAUAA